CUGGACCGGAAGUCGGCGAGUGGCCAUGUCUCAGAUGUGAACAGCCAGGCAGCGAGCGGCGAACGCCUCAGCCAUGGACGCUUGGGUUCGUUUCGCGGCGACGAGCCAGGGGCGUGAGCGCGUCUUCAGGGCAGCGCAGUACACCUCUGCGUUACUGGCGUUCUCGCUACAGAAGGGCGGAGCGAGCCUGGAGCUGGUGAACCGUCUGAGACAGCUGGAGGCUCACCUGAGCCUGGGACGCAAACUGUUCAGGCUGGGGAGUUCCGCAGAGUCCCUGGAGGCCGCCAAGAGGGCGAUUCACCUGUCGGACCUGGUGCUACGUUUCUGCGUCACUGUCAGCCACCUGAACCGGGCCAUGUAUCUGGGCUGUGACAACCUGCUCUGGGCGGGCAAGGUGGGGCUGGCCCCAACGCUGGACCAGGGCAAGUGGAGCCAACGCUCAUUCCGGUACUACCUCUUCGCUCUCAUCUUGAACCUGAGCCGUGAUGUCUAUGAGCUGAGCGUCCUGGCGGAGCGAGAGGCGCGAGGCCGUGGGAAGGUGGCCGGGGUGGAAAAGGACGGCGGGAUAGUGUCGCGUAUGCGGGCCCGGUUGCGGCUGCUCUGCUACGUCCUGUGGGCUAACCCCCCUCUGCUGCUGGACCUCCUGAAGAAUGGAUGUGACAUCUUCAUCCCCCUGGACCGCCUGGGUUUGUUGAAGACCAACCCAGCAGUGGUGUCUUUCUGUGGCCUCUCUUCUUCUAUCCUCUCUAUCCUCACCAUCUCCCAGCCCUGGCUCAAGCUGAAACCUUAAACCAGAACAAGGAUUCCAAACCAGCCCGGCCCGACAACGGGACACUGUGGACACUGGAGGGUUGUCACCUCUCUCAUCACUGGCGUGGGGCUGAGAGACAAGUUUAUCAACUCAGUGACCUGCCCCUGCAACAGUCUACAGAACCUACUUGAACAGUUAUCAUUUCCAGUCUCCAGGGUCAAUUAAAGUGACUUCAGAACUGUAGCAACUACAGCUGGUGACUGAAACUGUGACAAGUGCAACCUCAAAAGCUGCCUUGUGUAGUUGGCAGCGAGUAGAAGACAGUUACAUGAGGGGCAUGUUGCCCCACAAACGCAAAGCUUCUCUAUCCGUACCCCUAUCUGCCUGCCCCCUCUCACUGAUGGGCAUUUGUGUUGACGUAGAUAUUUUAGUUGCACAUUGGGUAUUAUUUUCAUAACUGCCCACGAUCAUUGUCCUCGAUGCAUUUCCCCAGCUAACCUGCCCCCUUAAACCUUCACAUUGAACAUAAUGUAAAAUUCUGUCAAAUUAUUGUCACUUUCAUGGGUAUCCUUAUUCCCAUCCAUUAACACUGUUUGACCUGCUAAGUUCCUCCAGCAUUUCGUCUGUUGAUCUCUCAUGUUACUGAUAAGUAGUUCCAUUCUCUUUGCAAUGUUUGUUUGUUUAUUUCAUGUAAAUUGACAGCCACUGCCUUGAGAUUUUAUUUUUUUUAAAAAGGCUUUUGCGCUUUAACUCAAUGAAGCACAAGAACAGGAAUGAGGAAAUGGGAGCAACACAACCUGCUGGAGGAUCAGCAGGUUGAGCAGCUUGUGGGAGGAACAAGGGAUUGUCGACACCACAGGUCAAAGCCAUGCAUCAGGACAAUUUAUUUAAACCACUCCCCCCACCCCACCCAGCGAUGCCGGUCCACCCUCCCAGUUCCUUCAAAAGAUAUUAGUACAUAUGUUAGUAUAUAUUUAAUGGACUGCACAAAAUAGCGGCCCAUAUUUUUCUUUAUGUUCACCUAGAUGCUCUUACUAGGUCUUCUAGAAUGGUUCUUGAUUAGUCAGGGCACCAAAGAUUACAGGGAGAAGGUAGGAGAAUGGGCUUGAGACAGAUAAAAGCUCAAUCAUGGUAGAGCAGACUCCAUGGGCUAAAUAGCCUAGUUCUGCUCAUACCUUCCCCACCCUAACCACCAGUCUUCUAAUCUCGAGUUUCUCCAGUCAGCAGGGUUAGUACUCACAAAUCCUCACUUCCCCCAUGUCACUGUCUCUACAUCUAAUGACCCUUGUUCAGAACCUACAUUUUGUCAUUCUUCACCAGAAUGGAGAACUUGGGAGAGAAUUGUGGGCAGAAUGUUGAAACUUGGGGGAAGAGGGGAAACUAAAGGAAAUCGAUGGGUACAAGUCCAAUCCUACCCUCCUCAGCUAUGCUAACUGUGGGCCACGUGCUUUAGGUCAUUUUUAAAAGAACGUGUUAUCUGUAAGAUUGUGUCUAUUGUAACUUGUAGGUAAAAUGAAUUUAAUAUGUAUGCAGCACACUUUGCUUUUAAGAAUAAAAAUCUUUAUUCAGACUAGA